AUGUUUAUAAAAACCUUUUCGUUAUCAUGUCGUUUUAUUCGUCAUACACAUUUUAUAAAACGAUCUAUCGUUACGACGAUAGCAACUUCUACUGAAGAAUCGUCUAAAACAAAAAAACCGAUUGAGAAACGGAAUGAUUUAUUAGCAAAACGUUAUAUUGGUUUAGAAAAAAAUAUAUGGGUUGAAUUCGUUGCAUUAUUUGCCGAACACAAAGCUAUAAAUGUAGGUCAAGGUUUUAUUGACUAUGCACCACCGAAUUUUCUUAUCAAUUUUUAUAAAGAAGCACUUGAUGAUAAUAAUAUACUUUUACAUCAGUACACACGUGGAUUUGGUCAUCGACGAUUAGUUGAAGCUAUUUCAAAUGUUUAUUCAUCAUAUUUCAAUCGAAAAAUUGAUCCAUUGAAUCAAAUUCUAAUUACUGGUGGUGCUUGUCCAUCACUUUUUAAUUCUUUUCAUGGUUUUCUCAAUCCUGGCGAUGAAGCUAUUUUAAUUGAACCAUUUUUUGAUUGUUAUGAACCAAUGGUUCGAUCAGCUGGCGGUAUUCCGCGAUGUAUAGCACUUAAACCAAAAUCAGAGUCAACUAAAGCUGAUAUUUCAUCAAGUGCUGAUUGGAUUCUUGAUAAAAAUGAAUUAGAAUCAAUGUUUAAUUCACGUACUCGUUUGAUCAUUAUCAAUACACCACAUAAUCCUAUUGGUAAAGUUUUUACACAUGAAGAACUUGAACAUAUUGCAAGUUUAUGUCAAAAACAUGAUGUUAUUUGUAUAUCUGAUGAAGUCUAUGAAUGGAUUACAUAUGAUGAAAACAAAAAACAUAUACGUAUGGCAACAUUACCUAAUAUGUGGGAACGAACAUUAACAAUAGGAAGUGCAGGAAAAACAUUUUCAUCAACUGGUUUGAAACUAGGUUGGACCAUUGGACCAGAACAUCUUCUUCGAUCAUGUCAAAUUGUUCACCAAGAUUGUGUAUAUACAUGUCCAACAUUGUCACAAGAAGUUAUUGCACGUUGUUUUGAAUAUGAAUUAGAACGUUUAAAUUCACCUGAAUGUUAUUUCAAUUCAAUAUCAUCAGAAUUUCUUGAAAAACGUAAUAAACUUGUUGAAGUUUUAAAAGAAUGUGGAAUGAAACCAGUGGUACCUGAUGGAGGAUAUUUUAUUCUCGCUGAUUUUAGUCAAAUUGCUGGCAAUAAAUUUCAAUCAGAUACUCACGAUAUGAAAGAUUUUAAAUUUGUUCGAUAUUUAGCAAAAGAAAAACAAAUUGGAAUUAUGCCUGUCACUGGUUUUUAUACAUCUGAACAUCGUCAUUUAGCUGACAAUUAUAUUCGAUUUUGUUUUGCUAAAAAAGAUGAAACACUCGAUAAAGCAAUCGAAAUUCUUCGACAACUUUAA